ACUUAAUCAUCUAUUGGAUGCAAAAAAUGGCCAAACCUUAUUGUUUUAUGUUGAGUCAUUCAAGUAGAUGUGCCACAAACAUUUUGCAAAGAAAAUUGUUUCAAAAUAUAAAUUUGAAAACUGUUCAAACAUUUGCGACGAAGAAAACCUAUAAAAAAACUAGUUUCUUCAAAUGGAAAUAUGCUGUUUUUGGAAGCUUUAUAAUUGGUCCUUCAAUUUACUAUUAUUCUUUAGAUACUUUUCAAAAACGUCAAGUUGAUGUGACACUAUCUGGAUUUGUUCGUUUCUUAAGAUCUCUAAAAAUUGGUCUAUUUAUAUCUUUAGAUUAUUGGAUAAAACUUUUUGGAACGCAUGAAAACUCCUCAAAAUAUAAUGAAAUUUUACGAAAGUGUCAUAAAAAAGCAGCGGAAAUGUUGCUGGAAGGCUGUUUGCAAAAUGGUGGCUUAUAUGUUAAACUUGGGCAAGGUGUAGUUUCUUUAAACCAUAUAUUACCUCCUGAAUAUAUUGAAACUUUAUCAGUCCUUCAUAAUAAGGCAUUAAUACGAGAAGAAAAAGAAUUAGAAACAUUAUUUGAAGAAGAUUUUGGGAAACUGCCAGAAAAUGUUUUUGCUUCUUUUGAAAGGAAGCCCAUUGCAGCUGCUAGUUUGGCUCAAGUUUACAAAGCUACUACGCACAGUGGAGAAACAGUUGCUGUUAAAGCCCAAUACAUUGAUCUUCAGCAAAGAUUCAGUGGAGAUACAAACACUAUCUAUAUUUUAUUAAAACUGAUUGGUUGGAUGCAUCCAAACUUUGACUUCACAUGGGUGAUGGAUUAUUUGAGAGAAAGUCUGGUUGCUGAAUUAGAUUUUAUCAAUGAAGCCAAAAAUAUGGAAAGAUGUGCCAAUGAUCUGAAACAUUUAUCAUUUGUUUACAUUCCAAAAGUUUAUUGGGAGUUAUCUACAAAGAGAAUCCUAACAGCUGAAUUCAUUGAUGGUGUUGAUAUAGAUGAUGUCAAAGGUAUUCAAAAAAUUGGUUUAAACAUAGUUGAUGUUGGUCAAAAAAUGGUUAGGACAUUUGCUGAGCAAAUUUUCCAUACAGGAUUUGUGCAUGCCGACCCUCAUCCAGGAAACAUAUUGGUUCGUAAAGGAAAAAAUAAAAAAGCUGAAAUUGUGCUCAUUGAUCAUGGCUUGUAUGAAUAUUUACCAGUAGAAAAUCGUAUGUCUCUUUGCUGUCUGUGGAGAUCCAUUGUUUUAAAUGAUAACAAAAGUAUGAAAAAAUUCUCUGAGGAACUAAAUGUCCAAGAUUACUAUCUCUUUAGUGAAAUUUUAAUGCAAAGGCCAUUGAAUAGAAAAGGAAUGCGUUUGCCUAAUUGUCUGACUGCAGAAGACACUGCAUACAUGAAAAAAAUGGCUAAAGAUCAUUUUGACAGUAUUAUGACAGUUGUCCAGAGCUUGCCUUUACCUAUGCUUCUUGUGUUUAGAAAUAUCAAUACAGUUCGAUCCAUAGUUAAAAAUCAUGGUGACCAUGUGGAUCGUUAUACUCUUAUGGCAAAGAUAGCUAUUCGUGGUGCCUAUAAUAAAUAUAAUCCUACUUUGAUAAAUGCUGUUAGAAACCGGAUUGAUUUGCUGAGUUUUAAUGCAAAGCUACACUGGGAAUCAUUGCAGAUGUUAUUUAUUAGCAUAUACUUUCGGAUUCUAGUCCUUAUUGGCAGAGCUUCUGAAGAAAGUGCCUCUCUUGCUUUAGAUCUCAUGAAAUGAACAUAAAGUUUCUUGUUAAUUAUUUAAAAGUGUAAAAUAAAAUGUAUUUUCUUAUUUAAAUAACAUCA